AUGCGUUAUGCCAUAUUUUCUGUAGUCCUGGCCGCUUCAGCCAUUGCCAGUCCCGCUCCCAAGAAAGCGCAAAGGGCCAAGGCAGUCGACCCGGCCCUCCAAGCCAAGGUUGUCGGCACCAUCAACCAGUGGCUCAGCGACAUCCAGAGCGUGAACAACUUUGUCGACGCCGCCGGCCAGCUAAAGAGCAACGCUGAGAUCAGCAAUGCAGCCGCGACCGCUUUCGUAGCUGCGCAGAACGAGGGAGACUCGAGCACUGCCCUGCAGGCGGACGUCAAGCUUGACGCCAAGGGCCUGGCAGCCGCGCAAGCGCUUAAUGCCCAGUUCGGCAUCAUUGGCCCCGCGAUCAACGACACCAUUACGAACCCGCAGAAUCUACAAGCCAAUCUGGCCAAGAUCAAUGGAGCUCGCUGCCCGGCCCCUGUUGGACAGGACGCGAUCGGCAAUGAGGGCGCCGUGCAGGCUGCAGCCGCCAAGGCUGUCGGCACCACCUCGGCGCCGCCAGAUGUCCCCAAGGCAUGCGGCAAAGCUGCUGCGGCGGCUGCUGUAUACUAG